AUGUGCCAAUGCGGCACCUGUGGCGACGAUUUCAACUCCCGAUCGGACUGCGAUGAUCACAUGGAUACAUUCGAUCAUUGGGUGGAAUGCGAGACAUGUACCCGGCAAUUUCGCACUCAGCGCAGCUGCAACCAACACAUGGACGCGCUUAAUCAUCGCGAAUUUGUUUUUGGAUGUCAGACGUGCAAUUGCAUCUUCCCUUCUCGGGCUGCCGCCGAUCAGCAUAUGAAACACAAGAGACACUACAAGUACUACUGUUCCCAAUGUGAGCGACGCUUUUUGAGCGAUAACCGCCUUCGUCAGCAUCUCAAAUCGAAGUUUCAUGUUGGCACUGAUGUCUCAUGCCCAUUUUGCAAUGCCCCCUUUGUCACUGCGAGUGGUGUCACCAGCCAUCUUGAAUAUGGUACCUGCCCGAAAGCUGACAACUGGAACCGGGAGACAAUACGCCAGAUGAUUCAGGGCAUCGACCCCACAGGCCUUGUCACGAACCAGCAAAUUGGAGGGCACAACGAUGAGAGCGAGCGCUAUUAUGCCACAGAAAGCGCACUUGAUGGUACUACAUGGGUGUGCUACAUAUGCCAAAGGAGAUUCAUAACAAGGGCCGCUUUGAAUACGCACGUGAACUCGUCAAUUCACAAGCAAAAAAUCUAUCACUGCCCCAACACCCGUUGUUGUGACAAGGAGUUCGCCUUGCUCAGUGCUCUUUUCAUUCACUUAGAGCAUGAGACGUGCGGGUACGCCCGGUUCGAGAAUGUUCCAAACGUCUACCGACAACUGCUGGACGCCAUACUGAAUGAUAAGGUAGUCACUGGGCUCUAA